GGAGAGGCGAAACCCGGCUCUCCUCCUUCCUCCGGGAAGCGGAAGCGGAAGUGACGUUCGGGGAAGGUGGGGGCAAUCAUGGUGCCGCUGGGGAGAGGAGAAGCUGUCGCUGCCGCCGUUGCCGGGAACCGCGGAGACAAGUCAUUACUUUUCCAUUUCUCACAAUUGGGCUGAGCACAAUUGAACCAUGGGGGAACACAGUCCAGAUAACAGCGUCAUCUACUUUGAGGCAGAGGAAGAUGAGCUGACCCCUGAUGACAGGAUGCUCAGGUUUGUGGAUAAAAACGGACUGGUGCCUUCCUCAUCUGGAACUGUAUACGAUAGGACAACUGUUCUUAUUGAGCAGGACCCUGGCACUUUGGAGGAUGAAGAUGAUGAUGGACAGUGUGGAGAACCCUUGCCUUUUCUAGUAGGGGGUGAAGAGGGCUUUCAUCUAAUAGAUCAUGAAGCAAUGUCCCAGGGUUAUGUGCAACACAUUAUCUCACCAGAUCAGAUUCAUUUAACAAUAAACCCUGGUUCCACGCCCAUGCCAAGAAAUAUCGAAGGUGCAACCCUCACUCUGCAGUCGGAAUGUCCAGAAACAAAACGUAAAGAAGUAAAGCGGUACCAGUGCACCUUCGAGGGCUGUCCCCGCACCUACAGCACAGCAGGCAACCUGCGCACCCACCAGAAGACUCACCGAGGAGAGUACACCUUUGUCUGUAACCAGGAGGGCUGCGGCAAGGCCUUCCUCACCUCCUACAGCCUCAGGAUCCACGUGCGAGUGCACACGAAGGAGAAGCCAUUUGAGUGUGACGUGCAGGGCUGUGAGAAGGCGUUCAACACGCUGUACAGGCUGAAAGCACAUCAGAGGCUUCACACAGGGAAAACGUUUAACUGUGAAUCUGAAGGCUGCAGCAAGUACUUCACCACACUCAGCGAUCUGAGGAAGCACAUUCGAACCCAUACAGGAGAAAAGCCAUUUCGGUGUGAUCAUGAUGGCUGUGGAAAAGCAUUUGCAGCAAGCCACCACCUUAAAACUCACGUCCGUACACAUACUGGUGAACGACCCUUUUUCUGCCCCAGUAACGGCUGUGAGAAAACAUUCAGCACUCAGUACAGUCUCAAAAGUCACAUGAAAGGUCACGAUAACAAAGGACACUUAUACAAUGCACUUCCAACUCACAACGGAUCAGAGGAUGCAAAUCACUCGCUUUGUCUGAGUGACUUGAGUCUUCUGUCCACAGAUUCUGAAUUUCGAGAAAAUUCCAAUACAACACAGGGCCAGGACCUCAGCACACUUUCACCAGCAACCAUCUUUAAGUCCAUGUUCCAGAAUUCAGAUGAUACGGCAAUUCAGGAAGAUCCUCAGCAGACAGCUGCCUUGAUUGAAAGUUUUAAUGGUGAUGCAGAGUCAGUCAAUGAUGUUCCGCCACCCACAGGAAAUUCAGCAUCUUUAUCUCUUCCACUUGUACUGCAGCCUGGCAUCUCCGAGCCACCUCAGCCUCUACUACCAGCCUCAGCACCGUCUGCUCCUCCGCCUGCUCCCUCCUUAGGACCUGGUUCCCAGCAAGCUGCAUUUGGCAACCCCCCUGCUCUCUUACAACCUCCAGAAGUGCCUGUCCCCCACAGCACACAGUUUGCUGCUAAUCAUCAAGAGUUUCUUCCGCACCCUCAGGCACCGCAGCCCGUCGUAACAGGACUUUCUGUUGUUGCUGGGGCUUCUGCGUCAGCAGCGGCAGUGACGUCAGCCGUGGCAGCAGCGCCCCAACCACAAAGUACUACUGAACCCCUGCCAGCCAUGGUCCAGACUCUACCCCUGGGUGCCAACUCUGUCCUAACUAAUAAUCCCACUAUAACCAUCACCCCGACGCCCAGCACGGCUAUCCUGCAGUCCAGCCUCGUCAUGGGAGAACAGAACUUACAGUGGAUAUUGAAUGGUGCCACCAGUUCACCACAAAACCAAGAACAAAUGCAGCAAGCAUCUAAAGUUGAGAAGGUGUUUUUUACUACUGCGGUACCAGUAGCCAGUAGCACAGGGAGCUCUGUACAGCAGAUUGGCCUCAGUGUUCCUGUGAUCAUCAUCAAGCAAGAAGAGGCGUGUCAGUGUCAGUGCGCAUGCCGGGACUCUGCUAAGGAGCGGGCGGCUGGCAGGAGAAAGGGCUGUUCCUCCCCACCCCCUCCAGAGCCAAGCCCCCAGCCUCCUGAGGGGCCCAGCCGGAAGCUACCACCACAGACUUUCUCCUCACCCUCUGUCCCCCUGUCAUCCUCCUCCGCCAUCCCCUCUUCCUGUGAGCAAAGCAGACAAGCAGGGACUCCUCCAGACCCUCAGACAGAAACGUUAAGUGCCAUGGAUGUGUCAGAGUUUCUGUCCCUCCCGAACCUGGACACGCCGUCCAACCUGAUUCCCAUUGAAGCACUACUGCAGGGGGAGGAGGAGCUGGGCCUGACCAGCAGCUUCUCCAAGUGAAAGGCCACCUGUGCUCCCCUCCGGGAAGAGAGGGCGAGCAGGAAGCACACACAGGUGUGAUGUCUACCAUCAUGGGAUUGGUAAUUUGAAGGAUGAAGAAAUCUAUUUGAAAUCCUCACAUUUCGGAUAUAUUUUCUUUAUUCAUAUCCCAGGAGCAUCCAUUUUAAGGAACUGAUCUUUGGGAGAAAAAAAAAACAACAAAACAAAAAAAAAAGCUAAGUUAUAAAUGAACUGUUUGGCUGCACUGUAUGUCACUUUUGCUUAUUGUCAUGUGAACUUGGAAAUUAAGGUUACCCGUAUGCAUAAAAAUUCCAAGUGAAAGGGUGUGUUUCCAUCGAUCUGAUGUUGCCCAUCACUUGCACUGGGGCCUUGUGGUCUGGACAGUGGAAUUCAGUGUGUCAGGUGUUGCUCCUCCCUGUGCGUCUUUUGAGCCUGAGGCUGAAGCUUGCUCCAAAGGGCAGACCCUCACUCCAUCAGAGAGGGAAGUGGCAAAGGCAGGUCAGACAGCUGUGAGCCGGACAGAAAUUGGGUGAGAUGGUUUUGCUGUUUGCACUUGUGUCAGCGGAGCUCGGAGUGACUGUGGCAGGUGUCUGCGUCCAGCUGCAGCACAGAAGGGCAGCUAGCAGCCUGGCCCGAAGCCGUAGGGAGGAUCUGGUUCUGCGGGCCCUGCGCGCGCGCUGUUUACUAUCUGCCAAUGGCGUGUGUGCAGAGCAGGCUCUAGCAACGUGAUCACAGUCUUUGCCUUCCUGGUUCUGUCUCUCAGUUGGUUGCCAGGGUUUGCAGAUCACAGCGAAUUUUUGGGGGGAACAUCCCUGUUUUGUCCUAGAGUGGACAUGUGGGUGUAUGGCCAGUUGCUGGUCGGUGCUCUGCCUUCCUUUACCGGUAUUUCUCUUCCUCGGAGCAGAAGAGCUGCAUUUUGCUUAUCAGAAGGUGUAUCGCUGAGGGAGGUUUCUUAAGGUGGCAUGUAAUUGGCAGGCCAGGUAUCCUGGUUCCAGGUUCUAGCCAGGCUUUUGGUUGCCCCUCCCGUCUCACCUCUCACCCCUCUGGAUUUUGCAUACAGCCUAGUACAGUGCACAGAAGGAUGUGACUUGCUCAGCUUAGUCACUUGAUUUCUAAACAAAAACAAAAAAUAAACAAAAAACACAAAACGAUGAUCUUCUACUCAGGGUAAAACCAACAAAAAAAUUCCCCUUCCACCAAAAAGCCUGAAAUGUUGCAAUAAGUUAUCGCAUUUGGAAUGUUUCAUUAAGUUGUAUUAUAGGAAAGAAGAAUUGUUUUUUGAUUUGUGUAUAGAAUUACAACCAUCUAUCUGCCUUUGGCUCCAAGUCAUGCCUCUAAACAUAAAACAUAAAAUACAGCCCACACUAAAAUGGAAAGUUUCUCUCAACUGGCUAUGUCAAUGUAGUCAUAAGCACUCACCAAGCUCACUGAGCUCAGAAGCUGGGCACAGCCCCGCGUCUAUAGACUAGGCCUCUUCCCUGCCUUGAGCAAACAGGGCUGCUCUUCUGGGUCAAUGUCGUCAGGCAGAAAGUAGCCAUAAUCUUGCCUUCCUUUUCCCACUCCCUAAUGUAAAAAGAGCUGCAUUUGCCACUCUCCUGUCUCUGAGCCGCACUCACGGCCGGCCAAGACAGUGUCCAGAGCAGAUCGUUUUGGGAGCCAGAAGCCGAGCCUUUAACCGGAUGUUCAGGGACAGACUUGGACAACAGGGCAGUGGUGGUGAACGUCGUCACUGCAAUAAGAGGUGGGCUUAGCCACAAGCAGCUGCUGGCUUCUCAUUCUAGGAGUCUAGACAGGAGAAUGGGUUUCCUUUAACCUUCUGCACUCUCCUCCCCAAGAGGCUGGUGGGUUCUGGAACCACUGACCUCAGCAGAAGUCGCCAAGUCAGGAGGAAUCUUCUAGUACCACAGUGAGUGGGUCCUGGAAAACCAGCUGCUGAGCAUGGCUUGUCCUUGGCUCUGUGGACCAGGCAGCAUAGGAAGCUUUGAGGUAGGACACGUGUGUUUUCUCUACCUCUUCUGCGAGCGACCAGCACAAUACGAUCCCAAAGGUAAUUGGCGUCGGAGGGCAGGAAUGACCUCUUCCCACAUCCCUGGAGUCACCUGGGACUCAGUUCCCUGGGAGCAGGUAGGAAACAGGAGCCCAGGAAAAGUCGCUAGAAGUGUCCAUGGUUUAAAUGUUGCUUCUUUCUGGUAGCCAGGCCUGUGCUAACUUGUUGAGCCUACCCAGGUCAGUGGCUUUUCUGCUCUCCAAAGAUUGGGGGUGAUGAAGAAGCAUCUUAAAAUAGUGUUUGGGUCGACAGAUUUUUCUAGUUGCGGUAACUGCCUUUUGAGGAUGAUUCGAGAUUACAAGGGCAACUAUCGAACCCAAUCAGCUUUUGAAAAAUCAUGAGCAUGCUUAAAAUGUCAGUGAGUGGUUGCUAGAAGAGCAGGUUGAUUCCACAGGAUAGGCAGUCUUUCCUUCCUCCUCCAGCGCUCUCCCUCCCCCCCCUCCUCUGUAAACCUUGGAGAAGAGUGGGUCGCUGGCUAAAGUGGAUCCAGACAGAGCCUUCAUGGAGAGAGUGGUUUCCCAAACCUGGAGUGAACCGAGGGAAAGGUUAGAGAAGGUCUGCAGGCUUCUACCAGGUGAAAUCAAGCCUUUUUCUUCCCAUGGUAACCUUAACCAUUUCCACCCUGUAGAUUUAUACUUCCAGUUCCUGCUAGCAUCUCUAGUUAUACUGCUUGGAUACAGGGUGCUAGUCAGCAUCAGGAAUUAUAGUACAUGGGCUCAGGAGGUGGGAGGAAACUUUGGCUGGCACCACCAAACUGCCUUAGUGAAUCUGGCCCUUCCCAGGCAUUGAGGGAAAGUGGCCCUGCCUUGCCUGUCGGGUCUGGUCAGCCUCCUGGGGACAUCACCAGUUUGGUGGCAGGAGUUAGUGUCAUUUAUUGAAUCCCCUGCCCCCCUAUCCUUUUAGAAGGAGAUCUUGGUACAAAGCCUGGGAGGGGCCUUCAUGUGUGAAGACCUCUCUGGGUAGAAGCAAGGGACUUCUGUUUACCACCUCUGGGAGAGUCAGUAGCUUGGAGAGUGUCAAGGCAGUGGACUGAUGGGGCUAAUGGAGGGUGGGUGGGUUUCCUGAGAGACUUUGUAUAAUGCUGAAUGUGUCCAGAGGGACGAGUUUGCAGAACCUCAUAUUGGUAUAUUAAAGAAAUAAUAAAAUAAAAAGCACUUUAGGUUAUUUUAUCUUUAA